CUGACAGCCAGACAGCCGGGACACUGCCGAGAGAAGAAAGAGGUGGAGGGUUGUGCGCAUCGUCAUUCCUCUGAUUUCUGCCGAGUCACUGCGUAACAGGCCGCUCGUCCAAAAAUGCGUGAAAUAGUGCAUCUGCAAGCUGGUCAGUGCGGAAACCAGAUCGGAGCCAAGUUCUGGGAGGUGAUCAGCGAUGAGCACGGCAUCGAUCCCACUGGUACCUACCAUGGAGACAGCGAUUUACAGCUAGAGAGAAUCAGUGUCUAUUAUAAUGAGGCCACAGGUGGAAAGUAUGUGCCUCGCGCCAUCUUGGUGGAUCUGGAGCCUGGUACCAUGGACUCAGUCAGGUCCGGCCCCUUCGGACAAAUCUUCAGACCCGACAACUUUGUCUUUGGCCAGAGUGGAGCUGGAAACAACUGGGCCAAGGGUCACUACACGGAGGGUGCUGAGCUGGUGGACUCUGUCCUGGAUGUUGUGAGGAAGGAGGCCGAGAGCUGCGACUGUCUCCAGGGCUUCCAGCUCACCCACUCUUUAGGCGGCGGUACCGGCUCUGGCAUGGGCACCCUGCUCAUCAGCAAGAUCCGCGAGGAGUACCCCGAUCGCAUCAUGAACACCUUCAGCGUGGUGCCCUCCCCCAAGGUGUCUGACACGGUGGUGGAGCCUUACAACGCCACCCUCUCCGUCCAUCAGCUGGUGGAGAACACAGAUGAGACCUAUUGCAUUGACAAUGAAGCACUGUACGAUAUCUGCUUCCGCACACUCAAACUCACCACACCCACCUACGGAGACCUCAACCACCUGGUGUCGGCCACCAUGAGCGGGGUGACCACUUGCCUGCGUUUCCCCGGCCAGCUCAAUGCUGACCUCCGCAAACUGGCAGUUAACAUGGUGCCCUUCCCCCGCCUCCACUUUUUCAUGCCGGGCUUUGCCCCCCUAACCAGCAGGGGGAGUCAGCAGUAUCGUGCCCUGUCUGUGCCCGAGCUCACCCAACAGAUGUUCGACGCAAAGAACAUGAUGGCCGCCUGCGACCCCCGUCAUGGCCGCUACCUCACUGUGGCUGCAGUGUUCAGGGGCCGCAUGUCCAUGAAGGAGGUGGACGAACAGAUGCUGAACGUGCAGAACAAGAACAGCAGCUACUUCGUGGAGUGGAUCCCCAACAACGUCAAGACCGCCGUCUGCGACGUCCCGCCCCGCGGCCUCAAGAUGGCCGCCACAUUCAUUGGGAACAGCACGGCCAUCCAGGAGCUGUUCAAGCGCAUCUCCGAGCAGUUCACCGCCAUGUUCCGGCGCAAGGCCUUCCUUCACUGGUACACCGGCGAGGGGAUGGAUGAGAUGGAGUUCACCGAGGCCGAGAGCAACAUGAACGACCUGGUGUCCGAGUACCAGCAGUACCAGGAUGCCACUGCGGAGGAGGGCGAGUUUGAGGAGGAGGGAGACGAGGACGUCGCCUAAAACUUCAGCUUUCUCCCACUGCCAAGCCUCGUUUCAACCCUCCUUCACCCAGUCCCAGCCAUGCCCCUCUCACCCCUCUCCAUCAUGAAUUGAAUGGUCCACCGCACUUUUACCACUAUUACCCUUUAGUAUUAGAGACUGGUGUUAAUUGAUAGUUGUGAUUAAAUUUUUUUUUUACAUUUUUCACUAAAAAUGUGGUUUUGUAUGUUGUGAAUGCACUGAAUAAUUUACAUCCUUGUGUCUAUCCCGUCAUUGCCUUGCCGUAUUCAAAAGCAAGUGAAUUUAACUGUGAAGCCGUGAAAUUGGAGCUUGAUUUAAAGUUUGUAACCGAUUAAAGGCUACUGUUCCUGUCUUUUUGUAUUCAUUGAUUUACUUGGUGCUUUAUGCUUAAAUCUGCUGAAACGCGGACAUGCUGCAGCAGCGCUUGAAUGAUAUUCCUGCAGCGCGAUGACUAAUCCUUGUGGAUAUGCACAGUGAGAGACCGUUGUUCAAUUUAAA